CGGCGCGCCUCAAUAUCAGUGGGAAAAAAAGAUUUGGCUUUGGAAUUUUACAAUUCUGUCUCUCGUAUCCUUGACGUUUCACUGUCGUUUCUUAUUUUUUUCAACACUAUCAAUAAGCCACUUCUUCUUCUCACUUCACCACCUACUACUGCUACUACUUCAUCCAUGGAAGAUCACACUCUGUUGCUUCUCUCUAAAAUCUUUUAAAACAGACGCUUUUAUCCUCACUUCUCAACUCUUUUCUCUCUUUCAAUUACUCACAAAAAUGUCACUCAAUUCUAAUCACUAUCUUUUAAUCAUCCCCGUCGUUUUAAUCCUUCACAGCUCCGUUAGUGUCGCCGAUAACGAUAAACAAGCAUUACUAGACUUCAAAUCCGCAAUCACCAGCGACCCAUUAAGCCUCACUUCCGACUGGAACCCUAACGACCCACACCCCUGUUCAUGGCACGGCGUUACCUGCAACUCGCUCUCUCGGGUCAUAUUUCUCAAUCUUUCACCACCUGACGAUAAUUCCACGUGUCCUCUUGUUUCACUCUCUUCUUCAAAUUCAAUGGUAAGUAACUACUCUGUGCACUAUCCUUGCUUAGGAGGGUAUAAUGGUAAUUUAUCACCGAGGUUAUCUGGUACUUUGUCACCUUCAAUUGGGAAAAUUACGCAGCUUAGAGUGUUGUCACUAGGGUUUAAUUUGUUAUCUGGUGAAUUGCCUUUGGAAAUUGGCCAGCUUAAUUUUUUAGAGGUUCUUGACUUGGGUUUUAAUGCUUUUUAUGGUGCUAUACCAGUGAGUUUACAGAAUUGUAGUUCGUUGCGUGUUGUUAAUCUCUCCGGUAAUCGGUUAAAUGGUACAUUGCCUGAAAUUUACUCUCAUAGAUUGGAAAUUCUGAUGCUUUCUUUUAAUUUGUUGGGUGGUUCUAUUCCUGAUGAUUUGGGUGAUAAUUGUGGUAGCCUUGAGCACCUUUUUCUCGACGGAAAUUUGUUUUCGGGUGCCAUUCCGAGUAGUGUAGGGAAUUGUAGUAAGCUUAAGUCUUUGAUAUUGUCAUCGAAUUUGCUGCAAGAUGAUAUUCCUUUAACAGUUGGGAGAUUGGAAAAUCUUCAGGUGCUUGACUUGUCCAGAAAUUUCUUAAGUGGGGUUAUACCGUCUGAAUUGGGUUAUUGUCAGCAGUUAAAGGUGGUUGUACUAAAGAAUAACUAUGGUCCCUUGUGGUCGAGUGUUUCUUCAAGCUCUGUGAUUGAUGAAGCAGAGAGUGGAGAGGGGGAGUUUAACUAUUUUGAAGAAGAAUUGCCUGGUAGCAUCACCCUGCUACCUAACCUUCGUGUGCUUUGGGCGCCAAACUUGAAUUUUGAGGCUAGUUUUCCGCAGAAUUGGGGGUCAUGUUCUAAUUUGCAGAUGCUGAACUUGGCUGGAAAUUACUUUACUGGGGGAAUACCAGAGUCCCUUUCUAAAUGUGAGAAGUUAUACUUUCUUGAUUUAAGUUCUAACAACUUGACUGGGUCACUUCCUCAAGCUUUUCAUGUUCCAUGUAUGGUUGUUUUCAAUGUUAGCCAGAACAAUUUUGCUGGGGAUAUCCCAAGUUUUUCUAAGGAUGGGUGUUCAAUGAAGUCAUUUAUUAAUACCAGCUCAUAUGAUGAUGCUGUUGGUUUCUUCUCUUCUUUCUUUUAUAAAAAUGCUAUUAUGGACAUUACAUCUUUCUCCAUGAAUUCUGAUGGUUUGGUUGUGUUGCAUGAUUUGAGCAAUAACAUCUUCACUGGUCCUGUUCCACCCCUGUUCAUUGCGUCAGAAAGCUUUUCUACUAUGCCUUUCUAUGGGUUUUGGAUGGAUGGGAAUAAUCUUGAUGGUAACAUUUCAUCUUAUUCGUUUGAUUUGUGUCGUAGUUUGGAUGGUCUGAUAUUUGAUAUUGGUAACAAUAGAAUUGUUGGUGAACUUCCUUCAGCUGUUGGAAGCAGUUGUAAAUGCAUGAAAUUUCUCAGCUUGGCAGGGAAUAAUUUGAUUGGUUCCGUUCCUCAUACUUUCGCUCAUUUGGAUUCCCUACUUAAUCUCAACCUCAACAGAAACAGAUUGCAAGGUGCAAUUCCUUCCUACAUUGGCCAGAUGAAAGAUCUGCAGUAUUUAUCCCUUUCCAGCAACAACUUUACUGGCACAAUACCUUUAGAGUUAGCUCAACUUUCUGCACUGGAGGUUUUGGAACUUUCUUUCAACUCCCUCUCAGGAGAGAUACCGUCUGAAUUUGCGAAACUUCAACAUCUCAAUGUAUUGCGCUUAGAUCAUAACCAUUUUUCUGGAAAGAUACCAUCAAGUUUUGGUAAUGCAGCUUCACUCUCAGUAUUUGACGUGUCUUUCAAUAAUUUGACUGGGUCCGUACCUUCGAAUUCAAGUUUAAUCACAUGUGAGAACGUGCAAGGGAACCCUAACCUUCAGCCAUGUCCAUCAACCUCACAAUGGGAGCAAGAGCAUUCUGGUAAUGUUACACAACAAGGAACCAGCCCUCCCAGUGGAAGCAUGCAGACAAGCAAUGGUUCUUUCAGUCCAAUUGUUAUUGCCACCAUUACAUCUGCCUCUGUCAUUUUCUCAGUUCUACUAGCAUUAGUUCUCUUCCUUACAUGCAUGAAGAAGUAUGUGUAUAAGUCUGCAUCUGGCCGGGGGCCAGGUAGGAAAGAAGUUGUGACAUGUAAUGACAUUGGUAUACAUUUAACCUAUGAAAAUGUUGUUAGGGCUACUGGCGGUUUCAACAUUCAGAAUUGCAUUGGCAGUGGAGGCUUUGGAGCCACAUACAAGGCUGAGAUUGUCCCUGGAGCUGUGGUUGCUGUUAAGCGGCUCUCAAUUGGUAGAUUUCAAGGUGUUCAGCAGUUUGAGGCUGAGAUCAGGACUCUAGGAAGGGUGCAGCAUCCGAAUCUUGUAAAGUUGAUAGGUUAUCAUGUAAGCGAAUCAGAAAUGUUCCUCAUCUACAACUACUUGCCUGGUGGCAAUCUAGAAAGUUUCAUUCAGGAGAGGUUAAGGAGAGCAGUGGAAUGGAACAUGCUUCACAAGAUUGCUCUUGAUAUUGCACGCGCCCUUGCUUAUUUGCAUGAUGAGUGUGUUCCCCGGGUGUUACACCGUGAUAUCAAACCAAGCAAUAUAUUACUGGAUAACAAUUACAAUGCAUAUCUUUCUGAUUUUGGCCUUGCACGUCUUCUGGGUACUUCUGAGACACAUGCCACAACUGAUGUUGCUGGGACAUUUGGAUAUGUUGCUCCAGAAUAUGCAAUGACAUGCCGUGUUUCUGAUAAGGCGGAUGUGUAUAGUUAUGGUGUUGUUCUUCUGGAAUUGAUAUCUGACAAGAAGGCUCUUGAUCCCUCCUUUUCUUCCUUUGGAAAUGGUUUUAAUAUUGUGGCUUGGGCAAGUAUGCUUCUACGGCAGGGGCGUGCUAGUGAAUUUUUCGUAGCCGGUCUUUGGGAUUCUGGGCCCCAUGAUGAUCUAAUUGAGAUAUUGCACUUAGGAAUUAUGUGUACAGGUGAAUCGCUUUCAUCCAGACCUUCCAUGAGGCAAGUGGCACAACGAUUGAAGCGAAUUCAGACAGCAACAUCUUGACUGAAGUUUUUGAAAAUACACGUUUUUGUAAGUUAACACUAAUGAUUUGUGUUUUGCCAUUUGUCUAAUCAUUCAUUCUGCAUACAUUUUUUUGUAAAGAAUCCAGCAGAUUUAUCCUGUAAGAUAUUGUAGUUCAUAGCUCCUUAAAAUCAUAAAAGUUUGAUAUCUAUUGGAAUUUAUACAUGAAAUCUACUUGCUACUGUUUUCGGUUUUAUGGCGUUCGCUACUCAAUGCAUUUGCGAUGAUAGGAACAUGGCCCAAUACUUGAUAGAGUUCUGAUUAAGUAUAAUAUUUUAUCAGCAAUAAACAUUGGGGAAACCCUAUUAUGGGCAGUUUUGUAAGAUUUAGAGCUGUAGCAUUAUAUGCUGAGACAUGUUGUGCAUGAUAAAUCAUCGAUGAAAUACAACAAACCUUAAACUUGUCAGAUUCGGAAGACUUUCAAGCCCUUCAAGUAACGCAGUAAGAGUUAUAGGACUGUAACAUCCUGAUCUCUAAUAAAACCUUGUCCUCAGAGGAAGGCAAGAUACAUUUUGAGCUUGGAAAUUUACACAAUUGAGAAAUAUUUAUAUUCUGUAAAUUAGGUUUACUUAAUAUUAGAAUUAGUGUAACAAAAAGCUAGGAGUUUUUUUUUUCUGCGUUUGUUCGUAUUUUUAUUUUUUUUAUUACUGUACACAGCUCCUAAUUUUCAAUUGUUUCAAGUUGACAUUAUAUUUGCUACUGGUAUAUAAUCUAAGAUAUUUGUUGAUGAUAUUAUUAAGUGCUUCUUUGUGCUCUGGACUAUGAAUUGGCAAUUAGAGUUCACUCAUAGACACUUACAUUGGAACGGAAUCAUCAGUAUUGGAUAUUGAUGCGUCUGCCCAAGGAAGUUUUAAGGUAACAUGUCCACCUAAUGAACAGUUUUGUUAAGAUGCUGUAAGUGCCUUGCAAAUGAAGUGUGCACUGCUUUAAUUAUUCAUUGUCUCAGAUAUAAUGUUCCUCACUUUGUAAACUAUGGUAAGAGCAAUAUAUUGAUUUCUUUAAUCAAUGCAGGCUAAUGAGCUGGUUUCUCAAAAGGUUUUCUAAGCCUUGGGGCUAUUUUAUAUUAUCUCAUUUUCUUAAUGCUCAAUACUAAGUAAGUACGUCUCUUAGGGACUACUUAUUCUUCGACGUUAGUCAUAGUGGCAUGGAGAUCAGUUUUGAGCCAAAUACCAUGAGUCCAUGAUGGUGUGGAGGUAUUUACCGUACUCUCUUUUUGCCGAAUAUCUUAAGUUGGAUUCUUGCUUAUUUUGGUCUCAGGUACUAGGUAAGCAUGCCCUUCUACCUUUUCUUUCUACGUAUUUGGCUUCAGCAGUUACAUCGGGUUUCCUAUGUAUUGCUUUAUGGUCUUACACUUACAAUCAUUACUUAAUUUAAUAUUUUCAGUUGAUCUUAGUUGUGCGUUAUAUAAUGCUCGGGAAAGUAACUAAUGUGCUGGUCAGCCUAAUCAUUAAUUUGGAUUAUCAUUUCAGUAUUGCCAAUGUUUGCUACAUUUGAGGUGUCUCAUUAAUGUCUCUCACAUUAGCAGUUAGGACAACUGAUUCGAUGCAACAACAAAAAGUGAAGUGGCUGCUGCAAAUUAUUGAGGUUUUCUUUAUGGACUUCAGUUAGAUAACUACGAGCAAGUAUAUGUAGUCCUUUGUCUCCCUCUGUAAUCCUGGCAUGUAACUCUCAGCCUGACAGGAAGCUGAUUGCUGUUAUCUGUUUCCGUUUCCGAUUCCAACUCCGUGCCAAAGAUGCAUUCCGAGAUUCAUUAAUUCCGAGUGAAAGAUAUUUUCGGAUUCGCUUGACGAUUCAAGUACAUACAUAAUUAUAUUGAAUCAUUCUUCUGUGUAUUGGAAACUUGGAUGGUGUCAUUCUUUCCACCAUUUCGUGGCGUGCUGUACAAGUAAAUAAGUAGGUGUUGUUGCAAUCUGCAGCCAUAACAAGAAAAGAUGAGCUAAGGGAAUAUGUAAACGAUUUGAAAAGCAAUCUCAUAUGGAUAAAGUGAUGAUAUUGAUGCAUCAUGAUAUUAGCCUUACUUUUGAUGCAUAAUAUGUGACGUCCUCUUUUGAUU